UACCUCGCCCUCAGCUAUGUGUGGGGCGAGACUCAACCCCACCGUACUACCACGUCCAACCUAUCGGUCUACACGGACGGGAUUGCCCUCCCUCUCCUCCCCCAAACCCUCCGCGAUGCCAUCCGUGUCACAUAUUCCCUCGGCUUCCGGUACCUCUGGGUGGAUAGCCUGUGCAUCAUCCAGGAUUCAAGCGAGGACAUGCGACAUGAAAUCGGGUGUAUGCAUCUCAUCUACCGUCAUGCAUACCUCACCAUCAUCGCCGCCAGCUCGACGCGGGCCAGCUCGGGCUUCCUCCAACCACGACCGGCGGCACCACAUGACAUCGCUCUGCCUUUCAUCUGUCCCUCACCGGAGGUGGGCACGGUGCACCUCGCCGACGUGAACAGGGUUGUGCGAUACAGCCACACGCAGGAGCCGAUCAGCGCGCGGGGCUGGUGUCUGCAAGAGUACUACAUGUCUUCCCGCGCGCUCAUCUUCACGUCGGAAACAGUCCAGUUCAGGUGCCAAGCAGCCACACAGAACGUCGGGAACGCGUUCUACGAUACAGAACAGGAGCAACGCUUGCCCCCUGUGCUCUUCCGCACGGAUGCACGGCCCAUAGAGCGCGACUCCGAGGAAUGGUCCGCGGUACACAACGCUUGGUACAGGAUCGUAGAAGACUACACUGGACGCACCGUCGGCAAGCCAUCGGACAAACUCGUUGCGUGCGGUGCGAUAGCGGAGGUGUUUCAUCGCAUCCGACGCGCAGAGGCCUUGGGAUACCUGGCUGGCUUGUGGUACGACACGCUCCUCGAAGACCUGCUUUGGGGACGGCCUGAUGGGGCUCCCUAUUUGUGUCGUCCGCCGGGUUUUCGUGCCCCGUCAUGGUCCUGGGCCACCGUGGAUGGGCGGGUGUGGAUGUUGGGGAACCUCUGGAUGGGCCCGGGCAAGAGAGCCACUGCGGAGGUAAUCCAUGCGAAGGUAGACCUCAAAGACCCAGAGCUUCGAUUUGGACAAGUGACCGGUGGGUUCGUCGUGUUGCGCGGGGCGAUCAUACCGUGUGGAUUGUGUCCGUCCGGUGGAACCCUGCAUGACAUCCUACUGCCGCCUGUUCGAUGGCCGGGAGCAUGCUGCGGGCUCUUCGGUGGUCACGAUCACGAAGUCGCACUUUCCAAGGCCGUGUCUAUCGACCAUGAGGCUGAUGUAAAUCAACAGACAGUAUGGCUCGUCCCGCUCUUGCGGGAGGAGUUGUAUAGGUCCAUGGUGGGCCUUGUUGUCAUACCCGUUGUACUGUCGAACGCCUGUGAAAUGGCGAGUAAGAAUGUGUAUCGCAGGAUUGGAAUUUUCAGACUACCUAACUCUGCGGAUGAGCUGUAUUUCGACACAUUGCCAGUAGUGGAGAUGCAGCUUGUAUGA